AUGGAGGAGGAAGAUGAACCUAUCGAGUCCAGAGCUGAACGCGUCGCGAGGCUGAAGGCCAUGAUCGCGGCGCACAGCGGCGGGGAUGGGGGUUCGGGAGGAGCUGCGCCCGGGGAAGGGCCGGCGACCGGAAAGCUCAUCAACCCCUUGGUCGACGGCAGCUUCGGACCGUCGGGUGUGGACAUAGAUCCCACGGCCAUCCACGGCAAGCCGAUCCCCGGUCGCCUGUUACCCUACAUGACUCCGCCGGAGAUCGCACCCCCCGAGAAUGCCGCGUCGAGGAUGGUCCACGACAGGAUCUUUAAUGCGAGCCAGCAGCACGGGCAACAACCCCCGCAGCCGGGGCUGCACCCCGGGCCGUUUCCCCCGCCCCCACCACCACCCCAGCAGCUCGCAUCGGGUAUCGGAGGCGGUAGCGGCGCUGGGCCGCCCCCGCCCCCGCCCGGUGGCUACCCUCCCCCGCCCGGUGGCUACCCUCCUCCGCCCCCGAUGACGGGUGGGCACUUUGGCGGAGGUCGCGGCGGCGCGGGAGGCGGCGGGCGAGGAGGCAACCGCGGGGUCAAGCGCGACCGGGGCGUCGGUGGACGGGGCGGCGGGCGGGACGGAGGCGACGAUGAUCCGAGCGCCUACGUCAAGAGGUCCAUGGUGGAGGAUCCGUGGGCGCACCUGGGGGCGGGCACCGACGUCGCGACGGUGGAUCCUCAGAUUGUUCAGAGGGCGGCGGCGGCGCACCGCCAGGGAGGCGGAGCCGGGUUAGAUCCGCAGCGACACAGGCUGUUCGAUUCAUUGGACGCGUGA